CUUCUCGUCAUAUCACGUGACUUGUCUUUGAAGGGGUUCGCAUCUGAUUGCGGCAAAAUCCGCUGGCACCAUGACGCGUUGUUGACUCUCCGCAUCAACUGUCACAAUCUAACAAUCUAUCAAUUAUCUGCUCCCCGUUGCAGGUACUUAGUACCUUCGCUUGAAGCUUUUCUUUUUCUUAUUUCCCGAGAUUCGAUGUAUAAUUGAAUCGUGACGCGACUAAACUACCGGCUACUUGGAUACGCGUACAUUUGAUGGCUCCUAGCGAGACUCAACCAAGUCGUAAUGACGACUGGAAUCUUCUGGUACAAGCUAUAGAUACAGCGACCAUCCAGCGACUCCAGAAAACGCUAAAAGAGAUAUGCGACCAAAGCCCGGAGGCUUACAACAUUGCUCGCUCGAAGCUUCUUAUUGGUACCGCAGUUGACGCGAAUCCCAGCGAGGGCCAAAAGCGCAAACAUGAACUCGGCGUCCAGCGAUAUGAGAUAUGCGAGCAGUGCGAAAAGGAAUAUGACGUGGAAGAAAAUGGAGAGGAUGCGUGUGCUUGGCAUGCCGGAGACCUCGAGCCUGACUAUGAGGCAGAAUUUUGGGCUGAUCACGAUGAAGACUGUCACGGUGUGAUCGACUCGGACGAAUUACGCAAGGAGUACCCGGAGGGCUACACAUGGUCCUGCUACGAGCAGAGGGGAGACGUCGGUGAAUUUUGCGAACAUGGGCCACAUGAGCCUACAAUCGCAAAGAGAGCUCGGGUGGUGUAGCUAUUCUGACCGCGUCCUUGAAGGGUAUAGAACAAUCGUGACAUUCUUUCGCUUUGCGUUGUUCAUAUCUAUACCCAGCGCCUCAAUAAUCUCAAGUAUCGAAAUCACCGUCGUAUCCGUGUCCGUCAUCAACGAUGCUGAUAUCAGCCCUAUCCGCUGCUACUGCAGAGCACGCACAGCUGCAGAAAGCGCUUCAAAUGAUAUGCAAAUAGUUCUUUGCCGCAUUCGAUACUGCCGUGAUUGGUUUGCUCUUCAACCGCCUCGCAGAUGAAUUUGCAACAGGGUCUGCGGUUCUAAGCGGACUUAAAAAAGCGCAAGCGACUCGAAAAGUGUGAGUGGUGCGAGGAAGUACCUGGCACUGUAAUGAGCCGCAUAAGAACAACAAUAGAAAAUACAUAAGAACAACAAUAGAAAAUACAGAGAAAGCGGGAGUCGCAAGUCGAUUAGGACCACGAAAUUUGAAAAGACUGAAAUAUGGCAUCAUGUCCUGGUUUGGUCAAUACCCACGAUCAUCGUCGAAACCAUCAACAUGGCAUCUUUUGGCUGCUGUGGAGAGAAGGCACAAGGCCCGGGCUGUGAUCAAGGCUGGCACGAACCCAGAAAGAAGAGUCAGGUAGGGCAGUCUCUGGUCAGUGUGAAUCCAUCCAUAAGCAGAGAAGGGAGUUAUUCGUUUGAGAUAGGUCGUACAUUUUGUUGCUAUAAAAGUAACAACGCCGGUCACUGCAUC